GUUUGAUGAUUGAAACUCCUAGCCGUGACACCGCCUACUGCUUAUCAAUCACUCUUAAUCUACAUUCCAGACCAUACUCUUGUAUUUAUGUUUUCGCAAGAGGAGAAUCUGAGGAAAGGAUUAUCAAUUGUUGACUUUUACAGAGGAAGCGUUUCGCAGAGAGAUCCUGGUCAGUGAGUUGGACGCAGCGUUCACCAUGAAGGUCUCGACCUACAAGACGAUAUUCUUCGCGAUUGCCUUCACUCUUCUGGCAAAUAAUGGUGUUUUUGGCUUCAGAAUCUCCACAGAAAGCAAAAAUACGACGAACCCUUCCAAUGAAACGACGCCAAUCCACAAGAUGCACAGAGAAGCAAUUUUAGAUGGAGGAUGUGAUUUUGACGAGGAUUUUUGUAACUGGGCGAAUGAAACAAGUGGAGAUGACUUUGAUUGGAUUCGGCUGAAAUCGAGAACACCAAGUAGCAAUACUGGACCUAGGAAAGAUCGCUCUGGAGAAGGCUUCUAUAUCUACGCCGAGGCGUCAUGGCCGAGGAAAGCUGGUGAGACUGCUCGUCUCCUUGGAGGUCCGUUUUCCGGUAUAAUGUGCAUGCGUUUUUUCUACCACAUGUAUGGAAGACACAUAGCAGAUCUACAAAUCUACCUAAAGGAGGAUGGGAUGGAGAAUUUUGUCUGGGGCCGAUAUAAAAACCAAGGAAAUACCUGGAGGUACAGCAACGUCACAGUCUUCGGCAACAAUUACACAAUUAUAUUUGCUGCCAGAGUGGGCAAGUCCUAUCAGGGUGAUAUUGCCUUGGAUGAAAUAACGUUUGUCAAUGGAACUUGUGAUGGAAAGGAACUUAAUUAUUUGCCUCGCAACUUGACGGUGCACUCAGAUAUGAAAAGAGGAGAGACAGGGACGUGCGACUUUGAUGGUGGGUUUUGUGAAUGGAUCAAUCUGCCCCUUGGUGAUGAAUUCGACUGGACUUUAAACAGUGGAGCUACAGGAACAGUAGACACUGGUCCAGAGAAAGAUCACACCGGAUACGAUGGCGCAUAUAUAUUUAUUGAGGGGUCUGCACCCCAGAGAUAUGGAGACAGGGCGCUGCUGAUGGGCCCACGCAUUUGCGGAAGAAUGUGCCUUCAGUUCUUUUACAGCAUGUAUGGGGAUCGCAUGGGCAAGCUGAGUGUUUACAAGAGAGAAGGUGUGCGUAGUGACGAUCUUUUGUGGACUAUGUCGGGACAUCAGGGACCAGAUUGGCACGAGGCUUUAGUUGAUAUCGGAGGAGCUUGUUACCAGAUUAUUAUUGAAGGCGUUGUGGGUCCUUCUUAUCUUUCUGAUCUUGCUGUGGACGACAUUUUCUUUAGCAAAGGAACCUGUUGUCAGUUGAAACAAGAUUCAUUCGAUGCUGGGUUGAUUGGUAACUGCACAUUUGAUGAAGGAUUGUGUAAAUGGAUAAAUGAUCCCAAUGAUGACUUUGAUUGGCAGCUGAUAGAGGGAGGGACUCCAAGCGAAGAAACAGGUCCAACUGCUGGUUAUGAAGGAGAAGGUCAGUACCUUUAUGUGGAAUCAUCAGAGCCCAGACGAUUCGCUGACAGAGCAAUCCUGACCAGCGGUUUAUUGAAGGGCCUUCAGUGCAUGCGCUUUAGAUAUUAUAUGUUUGGUCAAGAUAUGGGUUCGCUCUCUGUUUAUCGCGUGGGCGACGGAAUAAUGAGGGGCCGGUUAUGGCGUCGCUAUGGAAACCAAGGUGACAAGUGGCACGAAGCACGAAUAACUCUUCCUUGUAACUCAACGUCGUAUAUGAUACAAAUCGAAGCGGUUAUUGGUGUAUGGAGAAGUGACAUAGCCAUUGACAAAAUCGAGUUCACGAAAGGUGCUUGUCCUCCAUUCCAACGUGCUAUCACUGCUGCUACAACGUCAACGACGUCCGCAACUACACCGACCCUUCCAGCACAUUUAUUGGUUGAAAAUGAUUGUUCAUUCAAGGGACAUUUCUGUUCCUGGAUAAACGAUAACAACGAUGACUUUGAUUGGCUGAUAAACAGUGGGGAUACGAUGACUCAGAACACUGGGCCCACUUCCGAUGCGGACGGAGAUGGUUGGUAUAUUUAUCUAGAAGCCUCUCUGCAAAAAAGUGGUGAAAAGGCCAAGCUGCUAAGCGGAUACAUGACUGGAACCCAGUGCGUACAAUUUAAGUACCACAUGUUGGGGUCUGGAAUCGGUACUCUUAGGGUUUAUCAAAUCAAAAGAAAAGACUCAACACCAAGAGUGGUUUGGUACCGAGUCGGAGACCAAGGGGAAGACUGGAAGAAUGCACAAUUUAAUUUGUUCGGGAGAUUUUAUAGGGUUUUCAUUGAGGGUGUACGAGGUUCAACUUUCGAAGGGGACAUAGCAGUGGACUCUAUAACAUUUACACCCGGAAGAUGCGUGGUAAGAGUCAGUGAAGAAGAAAUCCAAGCGGACAGCCAUCUAGCAUUAGGAGUGUGUUCCUUCGACUCAGGUUUUUGCCAGUGGAGAAACGAGGGAAAUGAGGACCAGUUUGAUUGGUCAAUCACUGAGGGUGAGACGCCCUCGAAGGGCACUGGGCCACUAACUGGAUUUGGCGGAUCAGGAAAGUACGCUUUUAUCGAGUCCUCCUCUCCUCGAAGGGCUGGCGACAAAGCCAUGUUGACAAUAUAUGGUUCUGGAGAGGACCGCUGUCUGCUCUUUGCUUACCACAUGUCAGGCAAAGAUAUAGACAGCCUGUCUGUGUAUAAACAAGAGCUGGGAAAAGGAAUCCUACCUGCCUUGCUAUGGAACAGUAAUGGAAACCAGGGAGACGACUGGAAAAAAGCUAAAAUUGGUAUUAAAGGAGGUAGCCAAUAUAAGUUAAUCAUCGAAGCUGUAAGGGGUCGAAACUUUCGAGGCGACAUUGCGAUCGACGAGGUUGGCUUUAACAAGGGCUUCUGUGGAAAGCAAGUACGAAUGGUGAAAGCAGGGAAUAAAUCGGGAAACAGCAAAUAACAAUUAUGCGAUCCGCGCCGAUGAGAAAGAACUUCUUCUGACCAACUGUCCCAUCACAAAUGACUUCAGAACAAAGCAUUGCUGACAGUUUGAUUACCUACAUUUUGCAUUAUUAAUAUAUAUACGGUAUUCCGCUCGUGUUGUGGAUGAUUUUGAAGGUGUUCUAUUAUUGUUUUGAGAUAUUUAUUUGUUUGUUGUUGUUUUUUUUAAUUCAAUUUUUGUAGUUCUUCUGGUUGAUCGUUUCUUGUUACUGUUGUUGUUUCGUAAAAGGCAAAAUUUUUCGAAGGACAACUUCAAUGCUCAAUUUCUACGAUUACUUAGCUUCGCAAGUGUAAAGUGCGCUGCCUUUUGAGCCGUAUUAAGCAAUGCAAAAUAAACUGUCACUUCCUGCUCGGAUGACGGAUUACAAUUUACAAUGGCGACAUAGCACUACUAUUUGCCUGUAUAAAGUGGUAAAAGGUUUUUAGAAACUUUUAGAAAUUUUCUAGAAACUAACAGUGGUUUUAUUCAAUCAAGAGAGAUCCUGAGUCAAAAUUAUUUAGCAAUUUAGUUAAGACCAGAUAUAUUGUUUGAUGAGCGGCUGGUGAGCUUCUCUUGUUCAACAGCUGAUUCUCGCGUUACAUUGUGUGACGUUACCUAUUGAAGCGUGACACAUGGCACUGCAGACGAACUCUUGGCUGAAAAUUUAUUGUUUUAAUGAUUAAAUUUCGUUUAUCCUGAAGUUAUCACUUCUUGGAUUAAAAUCGGUAGGAAUUUGAAAUACUCUUUAUUCAAAAUUCCUUAUAUCAGCUGAAGAUGUCGCAGCAAAUGAAAUAGAAGUUGCACAAGACAGAUUCUACGACCUCUUUAUGAGGAGUCUAUGAAUAAUACAUUUGUAAAGAAAGAAAUAUCGAAAUUGGCUAAUUUUUUAUUUCCUUUUGUUCUUCAGUAAAUAGAACAAUUUUAAAUAAUUUACAGAAAAGAAACUUCAAAGGUGCCUCUACUUAACAUCUUUUAAGAUGCAUUCAUAGGUUCCAAAAAUCAUGCGAUGCAUGACCAUUAAAGUAAUAAAAUAUGCCUCCUG